CGGGCACUUGACUAUAAACUUCCGGUUAAAUAACUGCUGCGAUUGACUUCAUUUGUUAGGUUCCAUUGGGGCUUAGAAAGUGAUAACUCAUAAUGACAACCACAACUUACUGGGGUGAGCUGCCCAAUCUGCCUGAUACAGAUUCGGGGAUUGCAGCCAUUGAGAGGGAACAGAUGACAAAACCUCGUCCCAUGGAUGUGGAAGGACCAAGACUACAUCAGCCAUCCAGUAGACAUCAUCCUCCCACUAAUGAUCCUCUACCAAGUGACAAAUUUGAGAUGGACCCCAUCGUCCUACACACCAUUCGACUUGUCCAACAUGCCAAGAAACUCCGCCAGCUUAUCUCCAGUGUCCAGCAGCAGCAAGAGGCUGUAAAGAACGGAGAAAGUGAGAUCACCUACCCUGCUACCCCACCUAUCCCAGAGUUCACAGGGUCUCUGCCUAAACACACGGUUCAGGGACCAGUACCAUUCAUGCCGAAGGAAACAGAGAGUGACUUUGUGAAGGGCAUCGGUGACCCACCCCCAGAGGUUGAUGACCAUGCCUGUAGGAAACUUCUCCGGAGAUCGGUAGCAGCCAUAUGUGCACAUACUGGUUAUGACAGCACAAAUGAAUCAAUCCUGGAGACACUGACUGACAUUACGCACGAGUACUACCAGCAGAUCACCAGUCACCUUCGGACUGCAGUGGACAACCGACUGCUAAAUGGUCAUAAUGGCUUCCCGGAUGUUGUAGAAGAGGUGUUCCACCAUGUAGGGAUCGGUAGUGUGACCACGCUUCACAGCUUCUACCAGAAUCACAUCAUCAACUACCAGAGGAACAUGGAACAGACCUGCCAGCAACUCUUCUCGGAGUAUGAGAAGCUCAAGCUACCCAUCAUGAUAAAGAUGGAGACAGUGCCGGUCAUCAGAAUUAAAGAAGAACCGUGUUCGGAGAUUCAAUUUCCUGUCCUGGAUGAGAAUGACGAGAUCAAUGAUGCAGAACAGUUACUACAGCUGGAAGGUUUGAGUGGAUUUGAGAUUACUGUUGAACAUGAAUCAACAAGUGGACUAACAACGGAGAUGGAUUCCAAAUGGCAGGGUGUGAAGUCAGAAUCAACGGAAGGAGGUAAUAGCUCACGUCUCAGUUUUGACGUGUUUGAUGAGCCUGGUAGUGUGAAGCCGCCCCGAACACCCGCCCAGUUGAGUGAGGGUGGGGACAGUAUAACUGACCCAGCCUCCAUUCCAGGCUCCGAUAUCAUGUCUCCGCCCUCCAUCACGUCACGGCCAAGUAAACCAAAGAAAAGCAGGAAAAAGUGAGGAAGUUAGAAACCAUAGCAAGUAAAAGGAAACAUCACAUGUGGAUCAAAUCCAUCCGCAAUGUACCUGUUCUAGUGGAUCAUCAUCAUAACAUAUACUUUGCUUUUGUAUGGCAGUAUACAUUCAGUGCUAGUUCAGUGUAUUACUGGAAGUGAUGAACGGAUCUAUUCAGUCAGAGGAUGAUGCUGUUUUGUAUCACAUUAUACAUUCAGUGCUAGUUCAGUGUAUUUUACUGGAAGUGAUGAACGGAACUAUUCAGUCAGAGGAUGAUGCUGUUUAGUAUCACAGUAUACAUUCAGUGCUAGUUCAGAGUAUUACUGGAAGUGAUGAACGGAACUAUUCAGUCAGAGGAUGAUGCUGUUUUGUAUAACAGUAUACAUUCAGUGCUAGUUCAGUGUAUGACUGGUAGUGAUGAACGGAACUAUUCAGUCAGAGGAUGAUGCUGUUUUGUAUGGCAGUAUACAUUCAGUGCUAGUUCAGUGUAUUACUGGAAGUGAUGAAUGGAUCUAUUCAGUCAGAGGAUGAUGCUGUUUUGUAUGGCAGUAUACAUUCAGUGCUAGUUCAGUGUAUGACUGGAAGUGAUGAACGGAACUAUUCAGUCAUAGGAUGAUGCUGUUUUGUAUCACAGAAUACAUUCAGUGCUAGUUCAGAGUAUUACUGGAAGAGAUGAACGGAACUAUUCAGUCAGAGGAUGAUGCUGUUUUGUAUCACAGUAUACAUUCAGUGCGAGUUCAGUGUAUUACUGGAAGUGAAAUUACAGUACAUGUACCAGUAUAGUCAUCACUUACUGCUGGAAUGGUAAGAACAGAGGACUAUAAUGAAUCUACACAAGUGUGCUGGUAUGCUUUCGUCAGUAAUAUCGUGUGGUACAAAAGUGCUUGUAGAGAGUACACCUGUUAGCCAGAGUACCCCUGCCUUUAGGCAUUAUACAAUACGUUCUGUGAUAUAAAAGUGUGUUACCCUAGUGGUGUAUUGGUGCCUGAGGAUCGUAGUGAACUCAUGCUGGCGUGAACAGUUGCAGCAGUAUAAUUUCAGUUCUAUGGCAGGAUGUGCUGACUGUGAUAGAGUAGUGUGUGUUACCUGUACUACAGUGUGAUGAGGAAGUACUGACCAUGAUGGUGUCACAGCUGUGUGUAAACCUUACUACAUCUAACAGAAGGCGAGAUUUUCCCAGUGUGGGAUUAUUUCACAGUGUGUAAUCAUUGUCACUGUCCAGGUAUCAUUAGGUGAGCUAAUCCUGCUAGGAACAAGUGAUUUGACUGCACUCCUAUCGGAUUUUAAUUAAAAAAAAUGUAAUACAGACAAAAAGCAACCUUGCAUGAGCACAGAAUCUUAAAUAUAAAAUAUUCAAAGGUUUCACACCGAAAUCAUAUGCAAAAAGGAUAAGAUAUUUGUAAAUUUAAUUAUUUCAAUAAAUAAAAAGAAAUAUUUUGUGUGAUUCUGUUGGAAAAUGUAUAAGAAUUAAUCUAAAAGGGCAUUUAAAAAAGCUCAUGUUAUUUCUGAAAUAGAAAACCUCUGAUGCAUUCUUUCAGGAAUUACUCUUGUCUUAUAAGGGAAGAAAGUCCAACUGGCCUGUUAUGAACAUGAAAGACGAUGGUACUCUGGAAAAUAAAACAUGAAC